GAUUGUGUGAGAUCAUGGAGAAUGUGCGAGUCCGAGCGAACUAUGAGCGAACUGUCGUGAUUGUGCGCGUGAACACAACGUGUGGCUUCAUUACUUAGAAGGUUUUCGGUGAGUUUGCAGUGCGAUAUUUGCGUGGAUCCGCACUGAGGGAGUAUGCCUCGUAGAAAGGAAUACCUAAACCCAGGCAGCGCCUCCGCCAUCCCGUAUUCAACGAAAACAUAUCUCGAAAGAUCAGCCUCGAGCGUGCAACAAUCACGUCGUGGACUGCAGCAGGACACAAAUGUCGCUGGCGGGUCGACUGCUCCGACAGCACUUCGCGUACUGACGCAACCUCCGCAGACUGAUGUUGAAGGCGACUGUGACUCUGAAUCGGCACAUGAAGCGGCCCCAAGUGACGAGCCGCAGCCUUCCGUUGGCGCAGAAAUGACAGACGAGCCACAGGGAGAUUUAGGGAGCUUCUCUAGUGACGAUUUGCUGGCACUGACUGUCAAUUUUGUCCUCGAAUUUGGCAUCCCUUGGAAGGGAGUCGAAGCACUCCAAAAGUUGAUAAUGCACAUACUUGAACGACAUGAUAUACCAGUUACUAAAUAUCUUUUCAAGAAGAGUGUCGGGGCAGAAAUAAAAGCCGCCCGGUUACACUUCUACUGUGAAAACUGUAUGACGCUCCUUGCCGUAACAAGUGGCGACCUUGCAGCGCGGAAUGCAGUGCGGGUAACGUGCACCGUAUGCGGGCAACGUAACAGUGGGCCGCAGAUGCUACGCGAUGGCCACUUUUUCAUAACCCUGCCCAUCGCAAAGUUGCUGUCUUCGUUACUUGCCGAGAAUGAUGCGAGCACUGCACUCCACGAAAGACUGAAUUCAAUAAACGAGAGUAUGUCUGUCGACAAAGAUGAAAUGACAGACAUAAUAGAUGGCACCUUAUACAGGGCACUUAGGCGCGAAUUGACAUCAAAAAAUGAUAUCACUCUCACUGUUAACAGUGAUGGAAGCGCCGUGUUCAAGUCAUCGAAGUUUUCUGUGUGGCCCGUUCAAGUGAUGGUGAAUGAACUCCCAGUGUACAUGAGGCAGAAAAAUGUGCUUGUGUCUGCUCUGUGGUAUGGCCAGAAACAUCCCGACAUGACUCUCCUACUGAACGCAUUUGUUGAACAAAUGGACGGUUUGUCGACCAGUGGGAUCACAUGGAAGGCAGGCAACGAAACUGUGCAUUCCAAGGUGUACUGCUUCAGCUGCAGCGCUGAUGCACCAGCACGGGCAGCCAUGCAGCACCUAACCCAGUUUAAUGGGUAUUAUGGCUGUGGAUGGUGCUUGCAUCCAGGGGCAGCUGUGAAUGGAACUGUCAAGUAUCCUGUGGACACUGUUUCACCUGACAGGACAGCAGAAGGCACAAAGGAAAUCAUGGCCAAGGCUGCUGAAGCUGGAAGACCAGUACAGGGAGCAAAAGGCAUCACGCCUUUGAUUAAUCUUCAGCACUUUAAUAUAAUCUGGGGCUUUACUCCAGAUUAUAUGCAUUGUGUGCUUCUAGGUGUGGCACGGCAGAUGACGGAGGACUGGCUCUCUAAUGUAGGCGAGGAAUAUUACAUUGGGGCACCACAAACUGUGGCAGUAUUAGAUCAACGUUUGUGCUCUAUAAAGCCGCAUAGCUGUAUGCCACGACUUCCCCGCUCAGUUUCUCUGAGAAAGUAUUGGAAAGCCUCGGAGUGGCAGCAAUGGCUACUGUAUUUUUCAUUGCCUUGUCUGGAAGGCCUACUUCCACGGCAGUAUCUUAAACAUUUUGCAUUGCUUGUGAAAGGUAUUGCCCUUCUUCUGCAGGACACAGUGUCCCUCAGUGACAUUUCUGUAAGCACAGACUGCUUGGUAAAGUUUGUUGUCGACAUGCAGUUUCUCUAUGGAGAAAAAAACAUGACUUUCAAUGUACAUCAAUUGUUGCACAUGGCUCAGAGUGUUCUGAACCAAGGACCUCUUUGGGCACAUUCAUGUUUUGCUUUUGAGUCUAACAUUGGCCAAAUUAAGCAGCUGGUCACAUCAGCAAAAGGUGCCCCACUGCAGAUUGUAGAGCGCUUAAUGAUGGCCAGCAACUUCAGGUAUCUAAAGGCUUCAGCUAGCCCUUGCACUCUGAAGUUUUUGACAAAAGCUGGCCCAUCAAAUAGUAAGGUGGUUUACUGCUCAGCAAACCCCGAGCUGUGUCUGACCAGCUGCUUCACCUUGUGCAGGACCAUGUUGGCAACAUCGUUAGGGGCCGUGUCAUGGAACAUGACCGAGUGAUUGUAUCACCGGGUGUUCGGUUUCACAGUGAGCAGUACUCAAGGCCGAACAAAAGUGACAGCACUGUAUUGCAAAUAUAUUUGGGAACGUGCUUGAAGUUGAAGCACAUUGUUUCUAUUAGGGAUUCGUCAGGAAAUGUAAGGAUUUUUGCACUGUCAAACAAAUUCUUGUCACGUCGUGCAUUUGGCACUGAGCACAUAAUGAAAUCAGAGG